UUAUUAUUAUUAUUAUCAUCUACUGCACCAUGGGUCUUGCAGACACGCUAAAGCAGUGGAAUGUCUACCUCUGGGAUCGGAAAACAAUAUUUCCCGUUGUCAUCUUCUUGAUUUCUCAGGCUUGUGAGAUGAACGCCGAAGACAGCGGCAUGGAGGAGCUUACUACAGAGAAAGAGGCUGAAGAGAGCCACCGGCAGGACAGUGUUAAUUUACUAACGUUCAUCUUGUUGCUGACAUUAACCAUUCUUACCAUCUGGUUAUUUAAACACAGACGAGUCCGCUUUCUGCACGAGACGGGCUUGGCUAUGAUAUAUGGGUUGCUGGUCGGGGUGAUCCUGCGCUAUGGCAUUCCCUCCACCAGCUACCACAACAAGACGCCCCCCAGCUGUGCCCUGACGGGCCGGCCCGUGAGCACGUUGCUGCUCAACGUCAGCGGGAAGUUCUUCGAGUACACGCUGAAGGGAGAGAUAAACUCCCGGGAGAUCCACAACGUGGAGCAGAACGACAUGCUGCGCAAGGUCACUUUUGAUCCAGAGGUUUUCUUCAACAUUUUACUACCUCCAAUCAUUUUCCAUGCUGGAUAUAGUCUUAAAAAGAGACAUUUCUUCAGGAACCUGGGAUCCAUUCUGGCAUAUGCUUUCUUAGGAACCGCACUGUCCUGUUUUAUUAUUGGUAAUCUCAUGUACGGUGUCGUGAAGCUGAUGCAAGCUGUAGGGCAGCUGUCUGACAGGUUUUACUACACGGACUGUCUCUUCUUUGGAGCCAUCAUUUCAGCCACUGAUCCAGUCACAGUCCUGGCUAUAUUUAAUGAACUCAGUGCAGAUGUGGACCUGUAUGUGCUCUUGUUUGGAGAAAGUGUCCUGAACGAUGCAGUUGCCAUAGUUCUGUCAUCGUCUAUUGUAGCUUACCAGCCUUCCGGAGGGAAUAGCCACACAUUCGACGCUGCAGCCUUCUUCAAAUCGGUUGGAGUUUUCCUGGGCAUAUUCAGCGGUUCGUUUGCGAUGGGAGCUGUCACCGGAGUCGUCACUGCUCUUGUCACGAAGUUCACGAAGCUGCACUGCUUCCCCCUCCUGGAGACGGCUCUGUUCUUCCUCAUGUCCUGGAGCACGUUCCUGCUGGCCGAGGCCUGUGGGUUUACAGGGGUGGUUGCAGUGCUGUUCUGUGGAAUCACGCAGGCACAUUAUACCUACAACAACUUAUCCACUGAGUCGACCGUAAGAACAAAGCAGCUUUUUGAAGUUCUUCAUUUCCUGGCUGAGAACUUCAUAUUCUCCUACAUGGGGCUGGCCCUCUUCACCUUCCAGAACCAUAUCUUCAGCCCCAUCUUCAUUGUGGGAGCCUUUGUUGCUAUCUUCAUAGGAAGGGCCUGCAAUAUCUAUCCCAUCUCCUUUGCCUUGAAUUUGGGAAGAAGGAAUAAGAUUGGCUGGAAUUUUCAGCACAUGAUGAUGUUUGCAGGCCUGAGAGGAGCCAUGGCAUUCGCUCUGGCAAUCCGAGACACUGCCACCUACGCCCGUCAGAUGAUGUUCACAACGACUCUGCUCAUCGUCUUCUUCACAGUCUGGGUGUUCGGGGGGGGCACCACCCCCAUGUUGUCAUGGCUACACAUCAGAGUUGGUGUGGAUCCUGACCAGGAUCUUCAGGGCUGCAGUGACAGCUUCCAAGUACUGCAAGGGGACGGUUCUCAACCCGAAGGUGGAAGCAAAACCAAGCAAGAAAGUGCCUGGCUUUUCCGAUUGUGGUACAGCUUUGACCACAAUUACCUGAAGCCGAUCUUGACGCACAGCGGCCCCCCCCUGACUGCCACUCUGCCGGGAUGCUGCAGUCCUCUAGCUCGGUGCUUGACCAGUCCGCAGGCCUACGAGAACCAGGAGCAGCUGAGAGGCACGGACUCUGACCUGGUACUGAAUGACGGUGACCUCACGCUCGCGUACGGCGACACGGCCAUUACUGCCAACGGGGCCUCUGGCUCCCACUCGGCUUCCUCCGGCACGAGACCCAAGAGCACCUCCGAAGAGGCUCUGGAGCGAGAGCUCGAGAUGGGGGACCCCGAGCUGAUCCAUCGAGGCACUCGCCUGGUGUUUCCCAUUGAGGACCACGCUUGAGCUGAGCAGCGGGGACUGACUGAAUGACAAUGAAGAAGUAAAGGAAUGCUGGUCCCAGCCAGUUAAAAACUUUCAACCUGUUUUAGAAAAGGGUAGGGUGUAAGAGAACAGCAGCAUUUCAUUCCCUCCAAGCUUAAUGUGAUAGGACUGUGGCUCAUGUAUAUUGAGCAGUGAAGGAGAUACAGUCGUUGGACUAGUAGUGACAACCUUUUUGAAAAAAUAUAAGAAUAAUGAUGAAACACCCAUGGGUAUGUGAGUAUAUAAAAUGAGUUCAGUGCUGUGCCUCCUCCGAGGAAUGUGCUCCUGUGGGUUAGAAGGGAAAGAGGAACUGUUUAACUGAGCUAGAGACAUUUCAUUUACAUUCAAGUGUCUGGCAGAAGAACGCAUUUGUGAUGUCAAUCCAUCCUCCUUGUUAUUUUACAUUGCUGCUAAAAAAAAAAAAAAAAAAAAAGACUGAGCCCUCAAAGGAGGAACACCUAGCCGGUCGUGAAGCCUGGGCUGCAUUGUGAGUCUUACUGUAGUUAAUCUCUGCUAACAAACUGGAAGCUCUGCAAUGUAAGCAUGACGCAAACCCCAUUAAUGUAACCCCCUUUUUAAUGUAACCAGAGCUGUGGCUAAUAUUACAUCAUGUUGUUGUCGGAAACUCCAUUAUUGGAUGUUCCAGAAUGUAAGAAUCACAGACAUCUUCUGACCCUGCUUUUAUCCCAGCAAGUUUAGUACAAUGUAUGUGCAUUAAUACAGUACAAGUCUCUGGCUAAUUUACAAAGGUUUCUGUGUAAUAAACCUGAUCAGCUGCAUACAAGAAGCAUGAGCCCAGUUCUAUAAAGCUUCAUCCAGCGCUCUGUUGUGCAAUAGCAACAACCACAAGAUACAAAGGGAACCAAUUGAUCAUGCAGCGGUCUCGGUUAAGCUUUGUCAGUCCGAGCCACCGUCUUACUGUGUUGGGUGGAGACUUGGGAAGCCUAAUGCUAUUGUGCACUCGCCUUCUCCAUUUAAAAACCCACUGCAGUUUAAAUACACUUUCAAUGCAUUGCAAUUGGCACGUCUACUGCAGGCUUGAGUUCGACUGCUGUCAGGCUGUAACUGUGGUUUAACAUCUCAAGAACUGCACUGCAAUCCCAGCUGCACACUACAGUCUACAGCCACAGUGCUCUGAAACUAACUACGAUCUCCAAGCUGUUUACUCCAAGACGUCCGGACGGAGAAACGCACCCAAUAAAGUUACUAAACCACAUAUAAUCAGAUAUAAUCAAGGCAGUCUUUAAUUUGAAAGUAGUCAAGGUGUUUCUGAUUGGUUUUAAAUUUGUAAUGCCUGGUUUUUCAGAUAGAAAUUGCGCUAGUGACGAAUUGGAGUAAACAGGUUUGAGAAUCUAUCCCUGUGUGGUUCUUCUGUCCUCUCUUAAGGCACUCUAGAACUGGACUGCAAUCAAGUGUGACGUCAUUGUGUCUUGUUCAUUACAUGAAUAUCCUGUCUUGUCCUCAUAUAUUGCAGCGUGUUCUAGCAGCUUUUCUUUUGAACCUAGUUUUUAAUAACGUUAAUAAUCAGUGAAGGUAAAACAGUGAGGACGAGAGCUGCAUAUAUCUUACGAAUAACAAUAAUUUCAGUUUGUAUAGGUGUGUGUAGAAAUGUAGGAUUGCUAGAUUUUUUAUGUCUGUAAACAGUAAUGUGAUGUUGUUUUAAUCUUAUAGAUAAUAGAAUGAAUAGACCAUUUUUUAACAUUAUUUGCCAGUAAGAUCAGUACUACCUUACAAGAUAUA